AUGGCGCCCCGCUGGUGGCUGCUGAUUCUCUUCCUCGGCUGCAGCGUACUCCAAGCUAGCUCCCAGCCUAACAGCAGAGGUUUCAUCAGCAUAGACUGCGGGCUAAUGGGAGAGGAGAGCUAUGUCGACGACGAGACGAACCUGUUAUACGUCUCGGACGCUGGCUUCACCGACACCGGCACGCCUUACAACAUCUCGGCUGAGUACUUUCGGCCAUGGCGCUCCAGGAACGUCAGGAGCCUGCGGAGUUUCCCCGAUGGUGCACGCAACUGCUACACGCUACGAUCCCUAGUGUCCGGCCUCAAGUACCUCUUCCGCGCCACGUUUCUCUAUGGCAACUACGAUGGCCUUAACAAGCCACCAGCAUCGUUCGACCUCUACAUCGGCGUCAACUUCUGGACGGUGGUGAACAUGUCUUGGUGGGGGUCGGACCAGGACAACAAGGCGGAGGUGGAGGCCAUCGUAGUCGUGCCACACGACUUGGUGCAGGUGUGCCUGGUCAACACCGGCGGCGGGACGCCCUUCAUCUCCGGGCUGGAGCUGAGGCCGCUGAAGAUGUCGCUCUACCCACAGGCAACGGCGGAGCUGGGGCUGUUCAUGCGGAGCAGGCGAAACUUCGCCGCGAUAAACGAAACAAUCAUCAGGUUCCCCGAUGAUCCAUACGACCGGCUAUGGUACCCUAGGUCCGACGCCACGAUGUGGACAGAGAGGUCGACGACCGAGAGGGUGGACGGCUUCGACAGCGGCAGCUUCGAGGCACCCAUGGCGGUGCUUCAGACGGCGAUAACGCCGCUGAACGCCUCCGGGAGCAUCAAUUUCGGCUGGGACACGGAGCCCCAACCAAACAACCCAUCGCCGGGGUAUCUUGCCGUCUUCUACUUCGCCGAGCUACAGGUGCUGGAUGGGAACGCCUCUCGCCAGUUCUACAUCAAUCUCAACGACGAGCUCUGGCACAACAGGGCGGUGAAGCCCGAAUACCUCUCCAGAAUCAACUUAUACAAUGAAUUCCCCAGCCCGCGCCAGAACCACUACGAUAUAUCCAUCAAGGCCACAGCCAAUUCCACGCUGCCGCCCAUCAUCAACGCCUACGAGGUGUUCUCUGUCAUCACCACCACCAACGUUGGUACAGAAUCCCAGGAUGCAUCUGCGGCCAUGGCGAUCAAGGCCAAGUACAAGGUGCACAAGAACUGGAUGGGUGAUCCAUGCUUUCCCAAGACUAUGACGUGGGAUAGUCUGAACUGCAGCUAUGCCACUGCCAGCCCUCCAAGGAUCACAAGCAUAAAUCUGUCAUCCAGUGGCUUGAAUGGUGAUAUAUCGUCUUCGUUUGCAAAUCUCAAGGCUCUCGAAUACUUGAAUUUGUCAAACAACAACUUGACAGGCUCAAUUCCAGAUUCCCUUUCACAAUUACAGUCCUUGACAGAUAUACAUGGCAACAAUCCAAACCUUUGUAUCGGCGACAAUUCAUGUCAGCUUGCUGCUAAAAGGAAGAGCAAACUGGCCAUCUACAUUGUUGUCCCCUUACUUGUCAUUGUGGUGAUAGUAUCUGUGGCAGCCCUAGUCUUGUUCUCACUAAGACGACGAAAGCAGCAGCAAGGAUCAAUGAACAAUAUGGCCACAAUAAAGCCGCAGAAUGAGGAGGAAAUGCCAACGAGCCAUGGCGGUGCUAAUGAUUCGCUGCGACUAGUCGAGAACCGCCGGUUCACUUACAAGGAACUCGAGGUGAUAACCAAUGGCUUUGAGCGGGUGCUUGGCAAAGGAGGGUUCGGCCGCGUCUAUGAUGGCUUCCUGGAGGAUGGUACUCAAGUGGCGGUGAAGUUACGGUCUCAUUCCUCCAAUCAAGGCAUCAAGGAGUUCCUCACAGAGGUACAAUGGAACCAUAUCCUAUGA